CUACAAGGGAAAUUUGGUACGCAGAAGAUGCAUGAAGUUGAUUGGCGCACGCGUCUCGCGUUGAAGCUUGUUUUCUACGUGCUACCGUGCACACUAACCAGUGGGUCAAACGUUCUGCAUGACACAUAGCCUACUGGUCGCCCAAGUUCGCGUCGAAGCAACGAUACGCGGAGUUCUGCGUGAAACGAUGCACACAUGCUCGCACCACGUGCCUGUCACGUGCUCGACGCGAGAGGAAAUAAGCGGCCUAUCCUGAACGAUCGCCGAAUUAUCGCAGAUGCGAAAAACUGUAAAGGAGCAUUACUACCUUAACCAGGUGUCGUAACGAGAGUCAAAUAAGAAGCAUCGCUGCCGUCCGUUCAAGAAUUCAUCCUAUGGCACGUUUUUUCCUCUUGGUAAACAAAUAAGUACAAGAUCAGUGUGAAAAUCCAUCAAACAUUAUCGCAGGAUUUCAUAGGAUCGCCGAAGAUCAACGAAAGGCGUAGAUAGAUGGAUCAUUUUCUCGCGCUGUCUAACGUGCCUAGUUAAACGAAGAUGUUACUCCCGGCAUGAAAAUAAGCGAAAUUAAAUAAAACAAGACAGAAAAGACGUAAGAGGCACAUGACUGCAGCUUGAUAUGAGAAAACUCGUGACAGCAGGCUCGAUAACCCACCGAGAAUAAUUUAAUCGACCGCAACAACCGACAAACGUGUUCAGUCCUUCAUCAACAUGUCCAGGAACCGGAAUUACGAGACAUUUACAGACGAGUGUAUGUCUUUCAGCGAAAAAAAUGGUGACAUCCAAAACUCAGAGAAGUCAUCCUUGGUGGAGUCAAAGAUACUUCCAAAAAUUCAGUCAUCCAAUCGUUUGGAAGAUGUACAACCUAUGCUAGCGACAAACAGUGCAAGCAGUGAUCCAGAAAAUGGUGGUACUGUUAAUGGGAGCGUUGUCAGGCAAGUUCUGGCAGCAGUAGUAGCACAACUUGGGACUAUCAACACUGGUAUGACCUUUGGUUUCUCUGCCAUCGCUCUUCCACAACUUCAAGAACCAAACAGCACCAUUCCCAUCGUCGAAGGUUCAUCCGAGGAAUCAUGGAUCGCUAGUAUGUCUUCUAUUGGAACUCCCAUCGGAUGUUUGAUGUCUGGAUACAUGAUGGAUGUACUUGGAAGGAAACUAUCACUCAUUAUCACAGAGAUUCCUGCGCUACUUGGAUGGAUAUUAAUUGCAUUUGCAACUGACAUCCAUAUGAUAUACGCUGGAAGAUUCUUCGUAGGACUUGGAUCGGGCAUGGUCGGUGCUCCAGCUCGCGUCUACACGGGAGAAGUGACUCAACCCCAUCUACGAGGAAUGUUGACCGCUUUUGCAAGUAUCGGGGUCAGUACCGGUGUUCUAAUCGAGUAUUUAUUAGGAAGCGUACUUACGUGGAACAUCUGUGCAGCUGUUAGUGGAAUUUUACCUCUUGCCGCUUUACUAUUGAUGUUUCUAUUUCCUGAGACACCGUCGUAUCUUAUGUCUCGUAGUAGACCUGACAAAGCACGCGAAGCAUUACGACAGUUUCGUGGUAGUACAUGUAAUAUUAAUCAAGAAAUGGAAACACUUAUCAAUUUUUCAAAUAAGAACAAUAUCAAGCGACUAACAGGAUUUCGCGAGAUAGUCAACGCUCUGUUAAAACCUAAUGCUGUUAAACCAUUUACUCUGCUAUUUUUAUACUUUUUAAUAUACCAAUGGUCAGGUACAAACGUUAUAACUUUUUAUGCCGUUGAAAUCUUCCAAGAUUCGGGAGCAACGUUAAACAAGUACUUAGCUGCGGUAAUUCUCGGGAUGGUUAGAUUAGCAUCAACCAUUGUUGCUUGUAUCUUAUGUAAAAAAUGUGGACGAAGACCUCUCACGAUGGUUUCUUCCGUUGGUUGUGGACUUUCCAUGAUAGGAUUAGGUGGAUAUAUGUGGUUAAGAAACUACUGGAUUACGAAUAAUUUUCAACUUAUUGCUACUUGGUUUCCUGUUUUAUGUAUAUUUUCAUACACUGUAACUUGCACUCUUGGUUUCCUUGUUAUUCCUUGGGUAAUGAUAGGCGAAGUGUAUCCAACACAAGUACGCGGUAUUAUCGGAGGUUUGACUACAAUGGCAGCCCACUCUUUUAUCUUUACAGUAGUUAAAACGUAUCCGUUUUUGGCUAGCUCAAUUACUCGGCACGGUACUUUCAUUCUUUACGGUUGCAUAUCUUUAUUCGGCACGAUAUACUUUUAUCUGUGUCUUCCCGAAACUAAAGGUAAAACGCUUCAAGAAAUAGAAGAUUAUUUUUCCGGAAGGAACGAUGAUUUAAGAACCGGAAGUAUAGGUAGACAUAAGCCAAAGAUGUUAGAAGCGAAAAAGGGUCAGAUAUUGCCUUGAAUUACUCGCACAGUCAACAUUUUAAUAGACAUAAAUUAACGAAUCUGUCUUCCAUUGAACAAACACAAAAGUUACAUGGCUAUGUUUUAUUAUUACUAAUCAAAAUUAAUUCUUAUAUUAUUAUCAAAGAGUAGUUUUAAUUUAAACAACAGAAAAAUGGUAUUAUAUAUAUAUAUAUUCGUCUUGUAACAAGACAUCGGAACUGGUAACGUGAUCAAAAGACUUCAAAAAUCAACGAAGAUCUAUUAAAUCAUAUUAAGACUUCAAUUAUCGAUAUCCUGAUAUUUUAUUUUUCAUUUUUAAGUAAGAUAAUUUUAAUUUGCGACGAUAUCUAUUUAUUGAUAAAAUAUUCAGGUAACUUAAAUACUACAUAAUUUUUUUAAUGAAAUAGUAGUAAUAAGAUAUAUUUUUGUAAGAGUUAUUGACAGGAUCAAAUCUACUCGUCAAAAAACAAACAGAGGGAAGAAAGGAGACAAAAUAUGUACAUGCUUUACAGAUGUUUUAAUAUGCGCACAAAAUACGAAAGGUGCUAUUUAUUGUUAUAGUAUUAUAAUAUUUGUAUAUAUGUGACAAGAAGAUAACAUACAGUUAACAAGCUAUGUAAGAAACAUUUGUAAACAAACAUGGUGUGACAAUGUACCCAAGUUCCAACAAUGCAAACUAUUCUAUAAGUUAAAUUAAACAUUUUUAAUAUA